CUGCUGUGGGAAGAGUUCAUAGGAUUGGAAUCAAAAUUUGGAAAGGAAACCUGCCAACUUGCCAGGUUCCUAACAGAAACCAUCAGGAAGACUGGAAUAAUUGUAAACGCAGCAGGAAGUUGCAUAUCUUGGCGAUGCCAUGUUCUCUGCCUGACACUGUUCAUCAUAACAUUCAAGGAUCUGCUGCAUCAGGUUCAUUCUUGUAGCACCUAUUUUGUCUCAGAGCUUUUAGUAUAUAAUUAUAUUCAUACAACUUUAUAUCAUUUACAUCUUCUGUUUAUUUUUUGUUUAAGGAGUUUGUGUGCCUUUUGAAAAAGAGAUUGAGAAUGAUUUCCUCCCAAGAGCUGGUAUACCUGCUAUACCUUGUGAAUGGCCGGAGUUGAUAAAGAACGUGGAGCAGUUUCCAGAAUUUAUUUUUCCUGCUGUGAACCCUGUUGAUUAUUUUGGUGACAUAACAAAUGAAAGUCUCCUUAUAAGAUUCGAAAACAUGUUAUCUCUAAGCUUUGUCCAUCCAAGUGGUCUCGGGAGCAAUACGGGCAAAAUUUCAUUAGAAGAGAAAUUUCAUUUCUGGCUCCAGGAGAAGGCAUCUGAAGGUGAAAAUGGGGUCACUGUUUUGGAUGAGGGUGGUGCAGGUGUGAUACACCUAGCAGCUGGUCUUGGAUAUGAUUGGGCCAUAGAAACCUUAAUUGUUGAUGCUAAAAUUGAUAUCAAUUUCAAUGAUAAAAACGGAUGUACUGCACUUCAUUGGGCAGCAUAUUGUGGCAGAAAGAAUACAGUUGAGUUUCUCAUCUCUAAAGAUGCAGCUCAUGCAUUACCAUCUUUUCCACCUGGUUCCGGGGAAAACACACCGGCGAAUUUGGCUUUUGCCACGGGCCACCAAGAAAUUGGUCAUUAUCUAGAAGAAAAAGUAGAGCUCUCAUGGAUAUAACCCUGACAUUUCACCUUGACGAGUACUCUAUAUAACUUAUAAAGUAUAGACAGCUCCUAAAACGGUUUCUUUAAGUUAUUGUUUGGUUGAAGAGACUAAGUUAUUAAUGUGGUGUUGUAAAAAAUUGUAGAGAUGUGAAAGGUGACUGUAAAACUAUUAACGACAAGUUUUUACUUCCUUUUGA